AUGGCGGCCGCCGGCAGUCCAGAGCACCGGCCGUUCUGUGAUCCUCCAGAAGGUACAGAUUACCAGUCCACCCCUGGGCAAGGGGGUCACUUGUGUCCAGCUGAUGUCACUGUAGAAGAUCUUCACUCUGAGAAGCACAAUCCCCCCGACGUUAAACAGGAGGAGGAGUCCAAGAUGCCGUACAUCAAACAGGAGAGUGAAGAAGAUGAAGGUCCAAGCGAAGAGAGCGGGGAAGAGAAAUAUUCGAGCGACGGGUCGUUUCAACAUCUGACAGCAAAAGAAGAGGGACAAUCACAACCGGACGGGCUUUUAGCUCCACUCUCGGACAGCGACGACCAGAAGACUGAUUUAAAAAAGCAUAUGCGUACACACACUGGUGAAAAGCCUUUUGCCUGCACAUCUUGUGGUAAACGAUUCACCGAUAAAGGAAAUUUAAACAGACACACAAGCAGACACACUGGAGAGAAGCCUUUCGCCUGCUCACUUUGCGAUAAAAGAUUUUCUCAGAAGACUCAUUUAGAAAAGCAUAAGCGUACACACACUAAAGAAAAGCUUUUUGUCUGCACAUGUUGUGGUAAAGGAUUCACCGGGAAGGGAAAUUUAAACAUUCACACCAGAACACACACUGGAGAGAAGCCUUUCACCUGCACACUUUGCGAUAAAAGAUUUUCCCAGAAGAAAAUGGAGCUAAACGAUCACACAAGAACACACUCUGGAGAGAAACCUUUUGCCUGCACACUUUGCGAUAAAAGAUUUUCUCUGAAGACUGAUUUAAAAAAGCAUAUGCGUACACACACUGGAGAGAAGCCAUUUGUCUGCACAUGUUGUGGUAAAACAUUCACCGAGAAGGGAAAUUUAAACAAACAUGCAAGAACACACACCGGAGAGAAACCUUUUGCCUGCUCACUUUGUGGUAAAAGAUUCGUUCAGAAGAAAAAUUUAGUGUCGCACGCAAGAAGCCACACUGGGGAAAAACCUUUGAAUCGCAGUGUGUGA